GGAAAGACACUUUUUCCCCUUCAAUUUUGUAGACUCGUCUAUAACUGAUAAGGCAUAUAAUGAUCCAGAGCCCCAUAACUUCUCAAUCAAAAUUCUUUGUUGGGACAUCCCCUUAUCUGAAGAAAUGGGUGUCCUACCAAUGCCGAAUUUGAAGUUGUCCAAUUUUAUCAGCCCCAGUCGACAACAGCCUGUGAUUCCAAUCACCUUCAAAACUCCCAACGUAAAUACAAGUCUCUCGCCACUUUCCACAUGUAUAGCACUUCCGAAUAAUAAUUUUUUAAGAAAACAGCAAGUACUUGCAGUAUCAACUUCUUCAUUGUCUGCUAAUUCAAAUGACCGCAGCGAAUUAGAGGCUCUGAUUUUUGACUGUGAUGGUGUUAUUUUGGAGUCCGAAUAUAUUCACAGAAAUGCUUACAAUGCGGCUUUUGCUUUCUUCAAUGUAUGCUGCCCAACUUCCUCGAAUUUGGUGGUGUGGGAUGAAGAGUUCUAUGAUCAAUUGCAGAAUCAGAUUGGUGGUGGAAAGCCCAAAAUGCGCUGGUACUUCAAUAAAAAUGGUUGGCCUUCUUCAACUAUUUUAAAAAAUCCUCCAUCUAAUGAUUCUGAAAAAUCUAUGCUUAUUGAUACGAUACAGGACUGGAAGACAGAGAAAUAUAAAGAAAUCAUACGAUCUGGAGAAAUAAAACCGAGGCCAGGGGUAUUGCAGUUAAUGGAUGAAGGCAGAGCUUCUGGAGUUAAGCUGGCGGUUUGUUCUGCAGCUACAAAAAGCUCAGUAGUACUGUGUCUCGAAAGUCUACUUGGGCUGGAGCGUUUUCAACAGCUAGAUUGUUUUCUUGCAGGUGAUGAUGUACAAACAAAAAAGCCUGCACCUACAAUUUACUUAGAAGCUGCCAAAAGAUUGGGAGUUUCAGUCAAAAACUGUCUUGUUAUAGAGGACAGUGUCAUUGGUCUACAGGCAGCAGUAGGAGCAGGAAUGGCGUGUGUCAUAUCGUACACCUCUUCAACAAAGGAUCAGGAUUUUGCAUCUGCAAAAGCAAUCUACCCUGAUAUGGGAAAUGUGCAUUUGGAAGACGUCAAAGCACUGCUUCAAGACACUGUCAUUGCCUCAUAAUAAUGAUUGAUGAAAAUUCAACGAAGCUUUUAUAUAGCUUGUUCUAAUUUAAGAAUGCAUUAAAAGUUUGAAUGAUUACAGAAAAAAAAACUAGUUUUUUUCAUUCCAUGAUAAGAUUUCAUCCAGGGCUUAAAAUUACUGGACACUGUUGGUGGGAGACAAAUUCCUGAGGAAAAGGUUCGAAACAUUUGCAUCUCAUUGUUGAAAUUAUGAAGGAAAAAGGACUAUUACAGCAACAUAAUUUUCCUGCUAUCAAAAUUUUGAAAUGAAUGUGCAAAAUCCUUGGUUUGGAAGGAUUAAAUCCACCCUUAUUCAGCGCGGAACUUAUGCUACAGCAAAUAGAUUCACUUGGCAGUCAUAUAACUGAAAAAUGAGGAACUUUUAAA